AUGGAUUGUUAUGAAGAUUUACAAAGUAGCAAAUUGUUUCGGUUUCGUUCGUCAAAAACACUUGUUUUCAUUGUCGUCGCUGUUGCUGUCACUGUCAAUGAAAUACUCUAUUGCGCACUUGGUAUGUUAUUCUUUCAGAGAGAUGAUUACACUGCUGAGUUUGUUCGAAAGUUAAAAUAUGACUUGCUUUUAGCUCCUAUUGCUCCCGAUAUUCUUUUUCAAUUGGCAACUAAAAGUGAAUCUAAUUCAUCAGUCAUCGAAAGUCAUCUUUCAAAACAGCCAUGCUGUCAGAACCAAUCUGAUCUAUCAAAUGGAAAUGCGCCAUUCGAUGGCAGAAGUCCACAUGAGUCUUUGAUCACUAGGGAUCGGCGAAACAUGAUUUUAGAGCAGGAUAAUGUGGUUAUUGGCUAUUUCUUUGGCAUUAAAGCUAUAGUUCAAAUCAUUGCCAAUCUCUUUAUACCACGUAUUAUUGAUAAAUUCGGUUAUCGAACUCCAUUAUGUUUUGGUCUAUUCCUGCUAAUUAUCUCAGCUCUAAUACUGGCAUUCAGUUCAAUCUAUUGGGAGUUCUUCGUCGGUCUUGCAUUAACGGGAGUAGCUGGGGCUCACAUUAACAUUUCAGCUUUUGGUUUGCUUGCAGAUACCUAUCAUGAUACUGUGGAACGAUGUCGAGCAAUAGGCAUAGUAAUAGCCUGUAGUAUGUUCGGCAGUGUUUUGGCAAAAUCAUUUACUGCUACGUUAUAUGACUUUUUCAAUCAAGCAACACCAUUUCUCAUUAUCGUAGUUAUUGCAUCUAUCAAUAUAAUUCUACACUUGUUGAUGAUCGACACAAGAAGCAAAAAGAUUUUAAAUUUAUCAAAGAAUAAAGUCGAUGGUCCGUCUCUAUUGCAACUGGUGAAAGAUCCUUAUGUUGUCAUUGCAACAGGCGCUCUCAUAGUGGGCAACUCCGGUUCAUCAGUACUCGAGGGAACACUACCAACUUGGUUGGAAGAAUCAAUCGAUGCACCUAUAUGGCUUCAAGGUACUGUCUUUUUACCCGACGGCAUUGGGUACAUAAUAAGUGCUAACGUACUAGCAUCGCUAGCCACGAAUCUAAGCGUAUGGUACUGUACAAUUAGCUGUUUACUAGUUCAAUCCACCACCUUGUUUUUUAUGCCAUAUUUGACCUAUUUCGUGGAGAUUUUAGGAUCGAUGGCAGUAAUUGGUGUAGUAUCAGGCAUCGUUGAGACGAUCAUGUUACUUACCGUGGCCAAUCUUGUUGAUCAACGUUACACAUCAGAUUAUGGCAAUGCCUUUGCUAUCACUGAGAUAGGAUCGGCGUUAACACUUUUAAUCGGACCAUGUCUAGGAGGUAUUAUCAUACCGAAAAUUGGUUUCCAACACGUCAUGUGGUUUUUCAGUGGUCUAUCUCUUCUUUAUUCCGUCAUUCUAAUCUUCACUGAACGUUCUUUGCAAUCGCCAAAUCUAGAAACAACGAAACUUAUACCAUCUGAUUCUUCUUUGGCAACAAAUGCAACUGAGCGACAUCGACGCCAGUCGUUACCAAGAGAAUCAGUAAUACUACUACAGGCAACGGAAGGUUCGCUGAAUCAAGAAUAA